UGUCGCUUUUCUGUUCCGAACGCACCCGCGCCGAGCGCCGACUCGCUCGUUCUGUAGAAAGAGAAGUUCGUGCUCCGUCUCCUCUUUCACCUGCAUUUUGCCAAUAAUUUUGUUUCGUUCAGUCAGUCAACUUCCGACAUCUCUUCUUUGUGGUUGUGCACGAAGUCGUCUAGUCGAAACCCAGUGGGAAUAAAAUUCUCUAUUUAACAAACAAAGGGAAUAAUCUGUCGCUAUGGCUGAAAAGGAAAUAAUAUCAAGUAAUCAAAUUAAUAAUGAUCAAUUCUUUGAAGGUGUUGAAAAGCUAAUAGAAAUUUGGUUUACACCGGCUAAAAAUGCGGAUUUGAGAAAAAUUACACGCCAACAAUGGGAGAAUGUUCUCAAGAUUGUGCGGUGCGAGAUCAUCUCUUUCACACAGAGCGAGCAAGUCGACGCCUAUGUCCUCAGCGAGAGCAGCAUGUUCGUGUCCCGCCGCCGCUGGAUCCUGAAGACCUGCGGCACGACCACGCCGCUGCGCUGCCUGCGCGCCGUGCUGGCGCUGGCGCGCGACGUGGCCGGGCACGCGCGCGUCGACAACGUGUUCUACUCGCGCCGCGAGUUCGCGCGCCCGCUGGCGCAGCUGCGGCCGCACGACAACUUCGACAGCGAGGUGGAACUGCUAGAUUCGUUCUUCGGCGACGGGCGCGCUUACAUCAUGGGCCCGGAGAAGGACUGCUGGUAUCUCUACACACUGCUGCCACUUGAAGGGACAGUAGACGCUCUGGAGAAGGAGGAGCGAAACAGCCGCGAGGCGGCGGGCGCGCUUCCCGAGCCCGACCAGACCCUCGAGAUCCUCAUGUCAGACCUGGAUCCAGAAGUCAUGGACAUCUUCACACGCGCCGCUUCUGCAGACGCCAAGCAAGCCACCAAGGUGUCUGGUAUAGACAAAAUCAUUCCAGGCAUGGUGAUCGACGAUUUCCUCUUUGAUCCCUGCGGGUACUCCAUGAACGGGCUCGAUAAAGAUGGGUGCUACAUGACCAUCCACAUCACCCCGGAGCGGUCGUGCUCGUACGUGUCGUUCGAGUCCAACUGCCCCGCGGCCAGCUACGAUGACGUCAUCGCGCGCGUGCUGCACGCCUUCCGCCCGCAGCGGUUCGUGCUCACCGUCUUCGCCACGCCGGAGCCUCGAGCCACCUCGCCGCGUUCACUGAAGGGCUUCUCGUCCCUGCGCGAGUACUCCACCACGGACGCGCACUACUGCCGCUUCGCCAACUACGAGCUGCACUACGCGCUGUUCGCCAAGUUCCCGAGCUGAGGCCCGACACUCCCGGCGCGCGAGCUCCACACCCGCACUAGACACAACUACAGGGACAUCAGCAGCAUACUAGCCGUAGCGCCGGACCACUGGGCGGCGGCGUGCAAGCCGCCUCCGUUCCUCGCCCGUCUCGCUCGCGCACCCGCGGAGCUGCUGCGUGCGGCGUGCGCCGUCGCGCGCGCCUGCCAGCAGCGCGCGUGACCGCACAAACCCGGCGCGGGGCU